AUGGGUGCUUCGAAAGUGACUGAAAUGCUAAUGGAUUCGAAGAUGAGGACAAAAUAUAUUUUUCCUACCAUCAUAACAGACGGUUUCACAAUCAAAGAAUAUGGAAAUCAAUCCACGAGAGGCCAAGUCGGGCCAAUAAAAUUGGUUUAUGAGCAGAUGCAUAUACUUGCCCCAUUUGUUAGUCCAAGAGAUUUUCGCUUUCUUCGUUUAUGUGAAAAGGUAACUGAUGGAAUGUGGCUAAUAGUGGAGGUCUCUCCUGACUUUAAUAAUACAAAUUUUCAACUCAAUUCCCCCGCUCGUGCAUGGAGGCUUCCUUCUGGCUGUCUAAUCAAGGAUAUCUCUCCUGGAGUCUCUCAUGUGACAUGGAUGGAACAUGUAGAAGUUGAAGACACGGCCCUAAUUCCUAUUCUCUAUAAAGAUGUAUUCUUUCAUGGAUUGGCCUUCAAUUCAGAUAGAUGGGUUCAAAUACUGUCAAGGUGCUGCCAUAGAACUGUUUCUUAUAAUAAUAUCGUGCAGAACCAAUUUGAUAGCCCCCUACAGAACAUGGGAGUACUGAAAGUCCUGACUCAAGAAGAUAGGAAAUGUAUAAUGAGCAUAACCGACAAGAUGAUGAAGAGAUUCUGCUCAAACAUGAACAUGAAAGACAUACUUGAAAUACUGCGAUUCAAAGAUAAUGAUAUUUUUCUCUCUGUAUGUCGAGAUCAAGAAAACGCCAAUCCAUCUAAUGGCCUGAUCGUCAAUGCUGCUACCUCUUUUUGGCUUGACGCUCCAUAUCAAAUGAUUAUCGAAUUCUUAAAUAAUAUUAACUUAAGAUCUCAGUGGGAUGUUGUUUGCUAUGGAGGAAUCGUGAAAGAGAUUGCUUGCAUUAAGUUUGGAAAUCAACUAGAUAAUUCAAUCUCUAUUAUCAAGCCUCAUAUUGAAUCUAGAAAUAAUCUUCUUGUGAUCCAAGAGACUCUAGUGGAUCCUCUUGGUGCAGUUAUAGCUUAUGCUCCCAUCGAUCAAGAAGAUUUUAUUGGAGAAUUAAAUCGUUCUUGGACGAAGACUGUGCUUGUAUCUGGUUUCAUUAUUUCUAAAGAUGGAAAUCCUGAAUGUAUGCGGAUGAAUUUUGGAGGAGCUUCGACUUCUAGAAAUGUUGCGCCAACUUCUCCCAAUGGUUCGCUCGUUACUGUGGCUUUCCAAGUGAUAUAUUCCAAGGACAUCGAAAUGGAAUUCAUUAACAUUGUCAAUUCAAUUAUUUCCACCACUGUUGAUCGCAUUAAGUUAGCCUUUAAUUGUCAUGAUCCUUAA